AUGGCAGACACAGCUCCUCAAGACAACCAAACUUACCACGGCAACUGCCACUGUGGCGCGGUCAAGUUCACUCUCACUCUUCCCACUAUCACUAUGAUCAAUGAGUGUAAUUGUAGCAUCUGCUUCCGCAAAAAUUAUGCUUGGAUCUUCCCACCCGUUGGCGGUCUCGUUUUCCAAGAGGGCAGGGGCCGUGAAAAAAUGAAGGGAUAUGAGUUUGGAGGAAAGUCUAUGGUUCAUGAGUUUUGUCCAACUUGUGGCACUGGCAUUAUGGGUAAGAGACAUAAUGCACCGGCAGGAAUGGAUAUCGCCGUUAAUGUCCGAGCAAUCAACGAUCUCGACAUCUGGUCUCUCAAAGUCAAUACAUUCGACGGUGCAGCUAUCGAGCCGGCUUAUGUCACUCAUCCAUACACUGGCCCGGAGCCAGAAGCCGUGGUUGAGAAUGGCAAGCUCUAUACAGGGUCUUGCCACUGCGGCGGGACCACCAUGGCUUUCAAGUCGAGGGGUGCUUUUUCCGAAGGCAAGGAGAAAGUCCACGAGUGUAAUUGCAGUAUCUGCAACAGGGACGGAACAAGCCUAGCCUACCCCCCCGCCUCCCAUGUCGCCGUCUCCACGUCCCCGUCCGCGCCCCUGACACACUACCGCUUCGGCCGUCAUUACCAAGAACACCGUUUCUGCUCCGUCUGUGGCGUCCCGGUUUGCACCCGCAAGCUCCCCGAUGUCAGCCUGGAGGAGUUCUCCUUGCACCCAAACCCAAUAGUGAAAGAAAUGACCCCUGAGCAGUUGAAGGCGAUAUAUGAGAAAAUGCAGAAUAUGUUGCCCAUUAACGUGAGAUGUCUAGAUGGGGUGGAGUGGGGCAGCUUUGAGGUUGCCAAGGGGGAUUAUAAAGAUUCUCCACCAGAGUAUGAAGUGCCUGCUUGA